AACAAGGUAUAAUUUUGAAAUAAAAAUUGUUUAAUGUAACUUCGAUAAAUGUUGGCAGUACUGGCUGAGCAAUGUAUUGUCAUUUGGUUGCUUGUUUUUACAACUAUGUCUGGAAAUUAGAGUAAAUUCGUCACACGUGAGAAAUAUAUUUAUUUGGAAAAAAUAUUUUCGUUGGCGGAAAAUGUUAGAGAUUAAUAAAACGGCACUGAGUAUCGCUGCUGGAGUAGCAGGCACUUUGUUUAUUGGAUAUUGCAUUUAUUUUGAUAAUAAACGCAGAAGUGAUCCUGAUUACAAAAGGAAAGUUCGAGAACGAAGAAGAAAGAAUCGCAAAACUGGUACCGCGAGAAGUGGACUUCCAAGUCUCAAUGACCAUGAAGCCAUUGAAAGAUAUUUCUUACAGGAAAUCCAAUUGGGUGAAACACUAAUCGCACGCGGGGAUUUCGAAAGCGGCGUUGAACACUUAGCGAAUGCAUUGGUUGUUUGUGGGCAACCGGCGCGAUUGCUGCAAGUGUUGCAAACCACACUUCCGGCCCAGGUAUUUGGUAUGCUUAUAAUGAAAAUGCAAGAGUUUGGGAAUAAAGCCAACAAUGAAAACAAUGAGACUCCAAAAAUUGCUACAUCCGACAAAAUUGCACCAGACAUGUCAUCGAUUGGCUUGGAGAGUUCUUCGGAUGCAGUAAUCAUUGACGAUUUGGAAUAACUUUAAUAAAUACCCUACAAAUGAAAAAUGCUUUUCACGAAAUUCUUACAAAUUUAAACAGUGAAAAAUUCAUAUUAAACAUUUUCCCCUUUGUAUAAUCAAUACAUGUGCGAAUUAUUAAAAUAAAUUUGUUAACGUUUGCUCGUGAGUGACAUGUAUAAUUAUCAAUAGAUCUCGAAAUAAUGUAAAUAUCGACUUUUGGGAAUUUUCCAUACGACAUUUAAAUGAAUGCUUAUAUUUGUCAUUAAAGAAAACCUCUGUCAAUUUCUGAUUCCAUGUAAUCAGUCAAGCCUUUCGAAGUAAAUA